UUUAGUUUGUUUAGCGGCUUUGGCGUUGUUGAGUGCGUUGCUAAAACGCAAUUUACACCUCUUAUUUAAACAUUUCCGGCACGCCAGUUACGUAGUUUACUUUAUAAACGUGCAAGAUACAAAUUUUACUUCUAUAGAGAAGUAAAAAUCAAAAUGGAUAUCCGACCAAACAACACGAUCUACAUCAACAAUCUCAACGAAAAAGUGAAAAAGGAGGAGCUGAAGAAGUCCCUCUAUGCAAUCUUUUCACAGUUCGGCCAAAUUCUCGAUAUUGUUGCGCUGAAAACGUUGAAAAUGAGGGGGCAAGCCUUCGUCAUAUUCAAGGAGAUUCAGAGUUCGACCAACGCUUUGAGAUCGAUGCAAGGUUUUCCGUUCUAUGAUAAACCGAUGAGAAUCCAAUAUGCAAAACAGGAUUCAGAUGUAAUUUCCAAGAUGAAGGGUACAUUCCAAGAGCGACCUAAAAAGAUUAGGCCUCCGCCUUCGAAGGACGACGAUGCACCCAAAAAGAAAAAGAAGAACAAGGACCCCAACAGAAUUCCUGGUGGCAACAAUGCUGAGCAACCACCCAACCAAAUUUUGUUCCUUACUAACUUACCUGAUGAGACUAGUGAAAUGAUGUUGUCCAUGUUGUUCAACCAGUUCCCUGGUUUCAAAGAAGUUCGUUUGGUUCCUAACAGGCAUGAUAUUGCUUUUGUAGAGUUUGAGAAUGAAACGCAGUCUGCUGUUGCAAAGGAAUCUUUGCAAGGAUUUAAAAUUACACCAACUCAUGCCAUGAAAGUAUCAUUUGCUAAGAAGUAAUUUAAAUUUAGUUUUAAUUUUGUAUUAAAAGUAUGGACUAUGUAUUAUAAAGGAAUAAUAAUAAAA